AUGAUUGAUCCAAAGCCAACAUUUCAAGUUUCUUCUUUUGUUACUCUUCCUCCUCCAACUUAUUCACUGCAACACAAACUCUGUACAAGAGCUACCAAUAAACAGUUUAUCGCAGUUUGUGCAGCACCAUCAGGUGUAGAGACUUCUUCUAAGGAUGAAUCAGUUUUGAUUACGAAAGUGGAGACUACAAACAUCAAUGAAGUUAAGGUGCAUGUACAAGUAUCAGGAGAGAAGACUCAAACUGUAUUCAAUAAUGUAUUUGAGAGAAUGGUUGCUGCAGCUCAGCCGAUUCCAGGGUUCCGAAGAGUCAAAGGAGAUACCCAGAGAUAUUUUGCUAGAGAUCCUUGGAUAUUCUAAAGUCUAUAGGCAGGUGAUAAAGAGAUUAAUCAAUUCUGCUAUUGAAGACUAUGUUAAACAGGAAGACCUGAAGGUUGGCAAAGAGUUGACUGUUGAGCAAAGCUAUGAAGAUCUUGAAGAAACAUUUGAACCUGGUGAGAGUUUCAGCUUCGAUGCUAUAAUAAAGCUUCAAGAAGUGAGUUGAAGAAAGCGUUGAUCCUAAGGUACUUAUCAUUGUGAUUUGUCUUUUUACCUUCUCCGGUAUCAAUUAGAUUUCAUGUCGAGUAGGAAAGGAUAAUCACAUUUGGAUUAAGCUUCUGGUAAUAAAAGUUUGAAACUUCAGUUA